AUGAGCGCAUCGACCACAAUUGCCCGCCGGGCAGCCUCGAGGAGCCCCCUGCUGGGAAAUGCCCGGGCCUUGUCUUGCGUCGUCACGCCCAGCUUGAUGGCUAGACACGUCGGUCGUCAGCCACAAGUCUCGGCGUUGGCACUCCUGAUCCCUAUGCGACAGGUCAGCACCGAGCACCACCGACCCGAUUCGCAACAUACUGGCCCCCCGCCGGGCUUCAACGUCGACAAGGCUAAGAAGCCGUUGCCGAAAGAGAAUUCCGCAGCCGAGGCCAAGGGUGCCGAUGCCAAGAGCUCAACGGCACUAGCUGGUCAAUCCGACAAAACACCAGCCGAGGCCGCCAUGACCGACUUGGCCGCCGGCAGAGAUGAAUCAACACAUCAGAAGGAGGUGAUCAAGGCAGAGAAGGAAGAAAAGAAGCUCACUUUGUGGCAAAAGGUCAAGAAGGAGGCCCAACACUAUUGGGAUGGGAGCAAGCUGCUCGCCACCGAGGUCAAAAUCAGCUGGAGACUAGCGCUAAAGAUGGCUGCUGGUUACGACCUCACUCGGAGGGAGCACAAGCAGCUGCGACGGACAGUCCAGGAUUUAGGCCGUCUGGUCCCAUUCAGUGUCUUCAUCAUCGUACCGCUGGGUGAAGCACUCCUGCCUCUGGCCUUGAAGCUGUUCCCCAACAUGCUCCCCAGCACAUUCGAGGGCCAAAAGUCCAAGGAAGCCAAGGCCACCGUCUUGCGAUCCACCCGUAAAGAAGUGAGCAGCUUCUUGCGACAGACCCUCAAGGAGACUGGUCUUCCGCUGAGUCCAGCAACGGCCCAGAAGGAGGAGUUUGGAAACUUUUUCCGCAAGGUUCGCUCCACCGGCGAGGCGCCCACUCAGCAGGAUGUCAUCAAGGUCUGCAAGGUCUUCCGAGACGACAUGACCCUUGACAACCUGUCACGCCCGCAGCUGGUUUCCAUGUGCCGAUACAUGAACCUCAACACGUUUGGUACCGACAUGAUGCUGCGAUAUCAGAUUCGUCACCGCAUGAGACAAAUCAAGCGAGACGACAAAGCCAUUAGCUUCGAAGGCGUUGACAGUCUGACGGUCUCGGAACUGCAGAUGGCCUGCGCUGCCCGUGGUAUCAGGACUCACAGCGUCUCGCCUGCUCGGAUGCGAACCGACUUGCAGUCAUGGUUGGAUCUGCGUCUGAAGGAGGGUGUUCCGUCAACACUGCUCGUCCUCAGCAACGCCUACAUGUACGGUCAGGGCUCUGGCGAGGGCUCAAGCCAAAUUGACGCUCUCAUAGGGGUACUCUCUUCCAUCACCGAGGAGUUGUACCACGAGAUUGAGCUCGAGGUUCACAACGCCGAAGGCGCCGCCACCAACAAACAGCGUCUCGAGGUUCUCAAGGAGCAGCAGGAGCUUAUCGAGGAGGAGAAUGAACAGAACGAAGAGAGUCAGAGCACUGGCAUGGCCACUCCUCGUGACGUGGAUGAUAUUGACGAAAGGGAGGAGAAAAUGAUUCAUGCCGAAGCUGAGGGUGUUGACAAGAAGGCUGCCGGCGAAAUGGUGGAUGCUGAGCGUGAACAGAGUCAGGCAUCUGAGCAACAGGCCAAGACACCGUCCCGACCUGAGCAAAAGUAA